AUGGCGUCAACUUCGUCAGCAACAACGUCAACGUCAACGUCAACCAAGUUCAACUCUCCAACAAUGGGCAGCAAACGAGUGGAACGACAGUCGCAAUUGAUAACGAAGCGUUCGGUGCAAGGGAAUGGAUUCAGCAGGCAUACUGCAGUCGGUCCCAAUGGGGAUCAGGGGUCGGCAAGCCUUCCGAAGCGCAACCGUCGCACCCUGCCCAUUUGGCAAGCUGUUUUGGUCCCGCCUAUCUCGGCCAUAUGGGCAAGCGACGGCAAUUUGCGAAUUUACGGGACCGGUAUCGCCACGAAACGGUCAAGCUCGUCAAUGCCACCGCCGACUGUCCUACUUCGAUUGAUGGCACUUUCCUUGGAGAAAUUCGGUGGCAUUACUCCAAAGGGUGGAUUUAAUCGGCCCGGCAUUUUGUUGGGGACACGACUUCGCAGUACCGGAUUUUGGCCGAACCAUAUCGGUCACAACAUGUGGAGCAACCCUACAUUCCGUGCCGACACUUUCCGAUGGUCUUCUAACACGAUGACUCUUCGACGUCCCUCGAAACCACUACGUUUCGGUGCUCUGACUUCGCCGAACUUCGAUUUGCUUCUGGCACAACUGGACUUGGACGUUCUUCCGCACGCAGUUCUUCGACUUCAAUCGACGAUACGACUCUCCGUGGACCCUAGACCACUAGAUUUCGAUGAUGCUCUGGUACCACCCGAUAUGCAGCAUAACCUUAGAUCUGCUGCUCAACGGCGAUUGGCCGGUGGCGAUUGGUCACUCUUCGAAGCGUCGUUUAUGGGAGAUGAGACGUCCGGUCGAGAGGAGGUUCCAGUACGAGGACGAGGACGGAGGACGAAGAUUUUGUAG